AUGCGUGCAAAAGAAGAAUCUUUUUCAACCCCUUCAACAGAGUUUAUAAAGUUGAAAAUCCUUGCAGAGGAGGGUUAUGUGAAGAUUAAUACUGACGGUGCUGCUAGAGGUAAUCCUGGAUUAGCUGCUUGCGGUAGAGUGUUACGUAAUUCUCAAGGUCUUUGGCUGCGAGGUUAUGCUAUCCGGCUGGGGAGGUGCACAGCUUUCCGAGCCGAGUUGUGGGGAAUUUGGCAUGGUUUGAAGGAGGCUUGGAAUGCAGGUUACAAACACGUCAUUAUUGAAAGUGAUUCCUUAGUGGCAAUCACUGGGCUCACCAAAGGGGGUGCAACAGUUCGUGAGGUACGUUUGUUAUCUCGUAUACGAACAUGGAUUCAAAAAGAUUGGGAGGUGCGGAUUUAUCACAAAUAUAAAGAGGAAAAUGCUUGUGCAGAUUGGAUGACUAACUAUCUUCUGGAUCAUACAGAUCUAGCGAAUCAGAUCUUCUUUGAAGAACCACCAGGGGGUAUCCAUCUGUUAUAUCUGGCUGAUCUUGCAUCAGUUGGGAGGGAUCGUAUUGUUCGUAGUCCUAAAAGUUUGAGAAAGAGUUAUCUUGAGAGAAAAAUUAAUCUUAGUGUUGUAACACUUGUGUUUUAUAUCAAAGUGGAAAUAUCCAAACGUCAGCAAUCAUCUCCCGAAUUUCAAGCGAUUAAUCCUUUCAAGAAACUCCCCGCUAUUGUUGAUGGAAGGUUCAAACUAUUUGAGAGCCAUGCAAUUCUUAUCUAUCUUGCUUCUGCCUUUCCUGGAGUUGCAGACCAUUGGUACCCAGCUGAUAUUUCCAGGAGAGCUAAAAUUCACUCGGUCUUAGAUUGGCAUCACCUGAAUUUGCAUCGUGGGGCAGCCACAUUUGUUCUAAAUACUGUACUAGCUCCGAUAUUGGGUCUACCACUAAACCGACAAGCAGCUGUUGAAGCUGAGAACAUUUUGAUAUCAUCUCUUUCAAAAAUAGAGAACAUAUGGCUUAAGGGAAAUGGUCGGUACUUGCUUGGUGGCCUGCAACUGUCCAUAGUCGAUCUCAGUCUGGUUUGCGAAAUUAUGCAAUUAGAGCUUUUAGAUAAGAAGGAUUUUUGGAUGCAGCUUUUAGAUAAGAAGGAUCGUGAUCGUAUUCUCGGUCCCCACAAGAAAGUUCAGCAGUGGAUUGAGAGCACAAGAAAUGCAACGAGGCCUCAUUUUGAUGAAGUUCAUAAUGUUCUCUAUAAGUUGAAAAUGAAGUUUUCGAUGCAGCAAACUAAUCAGGAAGAUGGCGGGAUGGAUGCUAGAAGUGUUUAGAAUAUGAUAGAAGUCAAAAGUUGUAGAAGAUUAUGGAUGCUUGAAGAAAACUCAUGGAAGCUUGUGGAGACUUGGAGAAGCUUGAAGACUCUAGAAGAAUCCAAAUCUUUCUUGAAUUCUAUCCAUUGCCAACCCAUGCUGAGUUGGAAAUCUUAUCCUAUCACUAUAAGUUGUAUUUAGUGUGUGGUUGUUAUGAUAGAAGUUCAAGUUAAAAUCUUCCAUGUACAUCUGCAUAUAUGUAGUAUGUUAGGAAUUAGAUGAGUGGAUAGAAAGUUUGAAAGUGUGUGAGAAAAUAAAGUGUUGAAAUAGUUGUGAAUAGAAACACUUGUGAGAAGAAUUGGGAGAAGAAAAGAGAGUUUGAGAAAUAGUUACUUGAGAGAAAAAUUAGUCAUAGUGUUGUAACACUUGUUUUUGUGAGUUGAAACACUUGUGAGAAAAAUUGGGUUAAAAAGAGAAAGUUUGAGAAAGAGUUAUCUUGAGAGAAAAAUUAGUCUUAGUGUUGUAACACUUGUGUUUUAUAUAUGUAAAAGUUUGAUAUAAUAA